AUGGAAGAGGAACUGAGGUGUUCUCAGUGUCGGAAAUUCUUCGAAGAUCCAAUUCUUCUUCUUUGUGGACACUGCUACUGCAGAAGAUGUGCACUGAAGGCGCAGCAACCAUCGUCGUCGGUUCGUCCAGCCACUCCACUCGGACCGUCGCCGCUUUUCCCACAGAUCCUUUCGUCAUCUCCCAUGUCACCUCACAGCAGCAGCAGUGGAGCGUCAGACACGAUUUCGUUAUGCGUCUCGGACACGGACCACGACAGCGAUAAGAUGUCCGUUCUCUCGGAAACUGAUUCAGGCGUCGUUUGCACCAGAGCAUCAAGACCUUCAUCUAUUGUGGGACCGCCAAUUCCUCGACUUCCCAGUAUUUUAACACCUUCCACUAGUGGUGUAAUCGUUCCUUGCGGAGUGUGCCAGAAACCAUCGUACUAUUGCGAUGAAGUGGCUAUUUCGAAUGCUCCAGUGAAUAUCGCCAUUCAAAAUGUGAUCUCACGUUAUUUGGGACAGCAUCCACAUCUUGCACCUAAAGACCAACAGUCCACAGAAGAGCCUAAUAAAGAGCCCGUUUGCCAGGAGAUUAAACACGCCAGCCACGAUGUUCAAGCGCUUUCAACCACUUGUAAAGCUCAAAAGGCCGAGUUGUCGACCACACUGCAACAGCUGAGUGAAAAAGCUCGAACGGCCACUGAAGAGAUCGGACGACUCAAGCAGAUGCAUGACAAUCUCAACAAUACGUGCAAUGAUUUCAAGUCAAAUCUAUGCAUUCAAAUCGACGCGUUGGUUGAACAACUUCAAAUGCGAAAGGAGCAGCUGAUAUGUCAUGUUGAAGAGCAAAAGGACCAUAAGAAGCAAGUGCUUCGAGAGCAAAUAUCGCGAUGUACGGCGAAAUUGUCCCGAACAACUGGACUAAUUCAAUUCUGUAUUGAAGCCCUGAAGGAACCCGAUCCAGCUACUUACUUGCAACAUUCUGCAGCCCUUCUUCACCGGUCAACCAGCCAAGAAUUUUUAUGGCACCGUGAAAUGAAGACCAAACCAGACGUCGACCCAGAAUUUGUAUUGAAUCUCGAUACAAAGCAUCUACAGUACUCCAUCCAGACGUUAGAUUUCGCCCAACUUAAGGUGCCUUCUCCGCCUUUCAUCGACACCGCCGAAUGUUCAGCUGAAAACAACUCGGUGACGGUGGUAUGGCGACCACGUCAGGACGGUUGCGCUGUCGACGGCUACAGUCUGGAAAUCGACACCGGAAGGGAAGACGGCAAGUAUAAGGAGGUGUACUGUGGUCGCGACACAAUCUGUACCAUCGAUGGUCUGCACUUCAACACCGUCUACACAGCCAGGGUGAAGGCGUUCAACGCGGCCGGCGACAGCGAGUACAGUGAGCCAAUCUGCCUCCAGACGGCCGAAGUUGCCUGGUUUCAACUGACAAAGUCGCCAUCACAACGAGAUAUGCAGCUGUCGAACGAGUGCAGCUCACUGACUGGCACCAGCAUUGAGUACAGAACGGUUCUUGGCUCUAUCGCCUUCUCAAAGGGGAUACACUACUGGGAAGUGAGCAUCGAUCGCCACGAUGGCAACGCCGACGUCGUCGUCGGCGUUGCUCAGCCAACCGUCAACAGAAGUACAAUGCUAGGGAAAGAUCUUCAUGGAUGGUCGAUGUACGUAGACGACGAACGGUCGUGGUACCUUCACAAUGAGACUCAUCAUAGUCGAGUAGUUGGAGGAAUCGGAAAAGGAAGUGUGAUCGGAGUGAAACUGGACUGUAAUCGAGGUGAAUUGGAGUUCACGAUCAACGACCGGAAACGAAUCUUCGAGAAAAGUUCGCUUGCAUUCAGCAACCUGCCUCGCGGACUCUACUAUCCUGCGUUUUCUGUAAACUGCAACUCGGCAAUCACCGUCCACACCGGUCUCGGUGCUCCAUCGACUUCGAGCAGUGACAGCGAAUAA